GCAGUGCAGGUGCCGCGAGGUGGAGAAACUCUCGGAAAGGGGUCAUUUCUCUCUCGCGCUUUCGCUCGGGCUCUUGCUACUACUCUACCACGACGACGACGACGAAGUGUGGUGCAGCAGCACACGAUUAGGUAGCAGAUCUGGAGCGGGGUUUGCAUCUCGGAAGGUUUGAUUGGGGCGACAGAGGUUGGGCAAAAUGCCGGUGGCGGCAUCUGCCAUCUAUUUCCUCAACCUUCGAGGAGAUGUGCUCAUCAACCGGUUGUACCGGGAUGAUGUGGGAGGCAACAUGGUGGAUGCUUUUCGCACCCACAUUAUGCAGACAAAAGAUCUGGGUACAUGUCCAGUGCGACAAAUAGGAGGCUGCUCUUUUUUGUACAUGCGCAUCAGCAAUGUGUACAUAGUCACUGUUGUUAGCAGCAAUGCCAAUGCAGCUUGCGCCUUCAAAUUCGUGGUUGAGGCAGUCGCACUUUUCAAGUCGUACUUUGGAGGGGCGUUCGAUGAGGAUGCGAUCAGGAAUAAUUUUGUGCUCAUCUACGAGCUUCUUGAUGAGAUUAUGGAUUUUGGGUAUCCCCAAAACUUAUCCCCAGAGAUUUUGAAACUUUAUAUUACUCAAGAAGGUGUUCGUUCUCCAUUUUCAUCCAAGGCCCUAGAUAAUAGGCCACCAAUAAAUGCAACCCUUCAAGUUACGGGAGCUGUUGGUUGGAGGCGAGAAGGUCUUGUUUACAAGAAAAAUGAGGUCUUUCUCGAUAUUGUGGAAAGUGUCAAUCUCCUCAUGUCUCAGAAAGGAACUACUUUGCGUUGUGACGUGACUGGCAAGAUUUUAAUGAAGUGCUUCCUUUCGGGAAUGCCGGAUCUGAAACUUGGACUCAACGACAAAAUAGGACUGGAAAAAGAAGCUCAAGCCAAGGCCCGACCAUCGAGAAGUGGCAAGACAAUUGAGCUUGAUGACGUCACAUUCCACCAGUGUGUGAAUCUUACGAGAUUCAAUGCCGAGAAGACAGUCAGUUUCGUUCCACCGGAUGGAGAGUUUGAACUGAUGAAGUAUCGUAUUACAGAAGGUAUCAACCUACCUUUUCGGGUGCUGCCUAGCAUCAAGGAGUUGGGUCGGACCCGAAUGGAGGUCAAUGUUAAGGUCAAGAGUGUAUUUGGGGCCAAAAUGUUUGCACUUGGAGUGGUGGUCAAGGUGCCUGUUCCCAAGCACACAGCCAAGGCUAAUUUUCAGGUGACCUCUGGAAGAGCAAAGUACAAUGCGGCUACCGACUGCUUAGUGUGGAAGGUGAGGAAGUUUCCUGGACAAACGGAACUAACAAUGAGUGCCGAAGUGGAGCUGAUAUCAACAAUGGUUGAAAAGAAGUCUUGGACGAGGCCUCCCAUUCAGAUGGAGUUCCAGGUUCCCAUGUUUACUGCAUCCGGCCUACGGGUUCGCUUUUUGAAGGUAUGGGAGAAAAGUGGUUACAGCACUGUUGAAUGGGUGCGCUACAUCACAAGAGCCGGUUCAUACGAAAUUCGGUGCUAAUUUGGAACAUUUGCCCAUGGCGGGUUAGACUUGUAGACGGUGAGAGACAAGAUAUAUGUCUGGUUGGUCCGAAGACUUUUCUUCGUUGCCAUGUAUUGAAGGCAACAGUAGUCGGUGUCUUCACUAAUUAAAAUGAGACAGCCAAAGCUCCUGUGCAUUGGCAGCAAGGUGUCCUAUUUCGGAUAAAUGGUUUCACUAUAUUUUAGUGCUUUUAAAACACUUGAUUCCGUAGUUACACAGUUGGUCACGAGCACGCCCAAUACCAAUAUUCUUGGGAAUGGUGUAGUAGUUCGUUUGUAUUUGGCUUCUUAUUAUGAAAUGGUUUAUGAAUGGCGCAAUACUCUGUA